AGUAUUUACUCCUUUGCCUCUACGAUCCGUUUCGAAGCGGCAACUUGAUCGAGAUUCCAAAACCCGCCAGACCAACAAACAAACAGCUCAAACUGCCGCCGUCAUCUAUAGCUCCUGACGGACCUCCCCACACAAUGCGCCCGCUUCACGCUUCCUUUCCUUUUCGCUCUCACCGUUUCUCGACCUGAAAGCUACCUCCCUGCUUCCAUUUACGCAUUAACAUUAUUCUUUUAGCGUAAAGUUAGAGAUCGUCAUUUGAAAAGCAAAUCCUUCGUAAGAAUAUAUAUAAAUACUUAUAAAGCAUUUUUUAAUCGUGAAGCUGAAGAGCUGAACCCGUGAAUGUCGGUUGAUCCGAGGUUUGCAUCAAGAGUUUUGGAAAAUUUCGUUGUUUCGUAUAAACUGCGACUUUUGCUAGCCAGGAUUCUUCAAGAUCUAGAUGAUCUCUGCGACUUUCAUACUUUGUUACUGAAAUUUCUCUGAUUUACUUGCCUUUGGUGCAGAGUCAAAUUGGACUCAGAUAAUUCCAAAUUUUUGUGGCAAUGCAAGACGUAAUUUUGAUUGAAGAAGGUGAGAGGUAUAAAGGCCUGCCAGAUGUUGAGACAUCCGAAGACGAGAAACGGAGAAGUCAGAGCAGAUAUCUGAGGAAGAAAGCAAUGAGUGCAUCAACAAGACUGACACACAGUCUGAGAAAACGCGGCAGCAAGCGUGUUUCCGAUUCCCAAUAUGCUUCGAUUUCGAUUGAAGAUGUGAGAGAUGCGGAGGAAGAAAAGGCAGUUAAUGCCUUCCGCCAGGCAUUGAUUGCCAAUGAUCUUCUUCCACCUCGCCACGAUGAUUACCACACCAUGUUGAGAUUCUUGAAGGCAAGGAAGUUUGACAUUGACAAAACUGUACAGAUGUGGGCGGACAUGCUCAAUUGGAGGAAAGAGUUUGGAGCUGAUUCUAUCUUACAGGAUUUUGUCUAUGAUGAAUUUGAAGAAGUCCAGCGUUAUUAUCCUCAUGGUUACCAUGGUGUAGAUAAAGAGGGUCGACCUGUUUAUAUUGAGAGACUUGGCAAAGCUGAACCUAGCAAGCUUAUGAAUGUCACCAUAGUGGAAAGGUUUUUAAAAUAUCAUGUUCAGGGGUUCGAGAAGACAUUUGCCAAGAAGUUCCCAGCAUGUUCUAUUGCUGCCAAGAGGCACAUAGACACUACAAUAACCAUACUGGAUGUCCAGGGAUUGAACUGGAUGAGUUUUGGCAAGGUUGCACAUGAUCUUGUAAUGCGCAUACAGAAAAUUGAUGGUGACAACUAUCCUGAGACAUUACACCAGAUGUUUAUUGUUAAUGCUGGCAGUGGAUUCAAACUGCUUUGGAGUACAGCCAAAACCUUUCUGGACCCGAAAACAACUGCAAAGAUUCAUGUCUUAGGCAACAGAUUUCAUAAUAAACUGUUGGAGUUCAUAGACUCAAGCCAAUUGCCAGAUUUUCUUGGUGGAACCUGUUCAUGUCCAAAUGAAGGUGGUUGCCUUAGAUCUGAUAAGGGACCUUGGAAUGAUCCAGGAAUUAAUAAACUGUUACAGGCUAGUCAUGCUAUGUCCUUGAGGAAGACAAUGAGUUUUUCUGAUAGCGAUGAUUUAGAACUCAAAUUAUUCACCUCUAAGAUUGCAGAUAGUGAAAUAUCUCCUAUAGAUCCGAUUGUAGUUUCAAGCCCAAAUACUUCAGGCUUCAUACAGUCGGUGCCACUUCAUAACAAAGGAAGAAUGAAUGGUCCUAAUUCUAUCUGCAGUGUGGUUGAACCAGUUGAUGCCACAGGAGCGGAUGGUGCUACAUCAACAAAUGAUUUAACCAUUGAAGAUAAUCCAAGAAGGCCACGAAAGAGGCUCAUUCCCCAUGUAACAAGCCUAGUGGUUCGCUUUGUACUCAAUUUGUUAGCAUGUAUAUAUCUUCUACUUCCAGGAUUGAGAAAACUUUUUAUGUUGCUACAUGCAAAUAAACCACUAGAAAAUCGGACGGAAUCCCAGAUACCACUGUCAAUGUCUCAAGAGAGAAAUGUUCCUCAGACAGUUGAGGAGAAAUCAUUCCAUCCAUGCUGGGAGAGGCUGCAGCGUUUAGAAGCACUAUUAGGUCACUUACUUGACAAACCUAAAAACAUUCCUGCAGAGAAAGAAGACAUGCUUCUUGAAUCAAUGAGUCGCAUUAAAUCCAUUGAACAAGAUUUACAGAAGACAAAAAGAGCACUGCUUGCUACUGCAUCAAAACAACUGGAGAUUGCUGAGUCAUUGGAAAAUUUAAAGGAAAGCAGCUUGCCUGAUACAAACGCAUGUUGGCCAAGAAACUACAGAUCUUAUACCCCACCAAGAUGAGAGUUCCUAUUUUGAAGUGGCCCAGACAUUCAACAAAUGCAGUCACUGCCAAAUUUUGGACAAACUUAUCAACUUAGGUAGUCAUCAUUCUAGGUUCUUUCAAUUGGACAACCAAGUAACAGAGUGUUUGUUUUUUAGGGGCUCAUAACACAGCUCUUGGAGAUAAAUUUGGCGGUGAGCGAGAGACUUGUUUAUAAUAUUGUAGAUAUAUCUGUAGCACUCUUGAUAGUCUCUCUUCUCUUUUCUUACUCUAUGGUUUGGUUUUUCUCACAGGCCAAAUUUUAGUCAAUUAGUGACAACUAAUUUUUUCUAUUAAAAUUUGGGCUAUGGUCACAUUUUUAUGUUGUAAA